AUGGCUUCUCUGGCAGCAGACAUGUCCUUUUUCACAUAUCCCUCCUGCGAGCCCGCCACGCCGCCGAGCUUCACCUUUGAUCCGUCAUUCCUCGAGAUCCCCUACCACCCGGGCCAUGCUCGCACAACCUCGUAUGGCUCCAUCUGCUCCACCAUCGAGUCGUCACCAGCCGAUUCGGUCAGCACACGGGUCACAACUCCCUCGCGUUCGCCUCCUCCGAUCCGGCAGCAUGGCCCUCUUCUGCUGCCCAAGAUUCGCUCGCAAGACCAAGAAAUCAAGAGCUCGCCGCCGAAGCGUCUCAAGACCCUGCCGGCGCCGGUUGCCAAGCGAAGUCGCCAGGGAACCUACCGUCCGUCGCACACCCGGAGCUUCACCAACCCGGAGACAUUGAACCAGUUCGCCAGUUCAUACUUCACCCAGGCCGAGGAUCAGAGCCAGCUCUCCCAAUCCCUCAUGUGCUCGCCUGUCAUCUUCCCUCAGGAUCAGUCGCAAUCGCGCCGCGCAUCCACUGUCAGCCUGGACGGCACCACGCUGGAGAAGUACGGCUUCCCCACCUACCGCCAGAUGCCAUCCUAUGUCCCUGCCGUCACUCAGCCCCAAGUCGAGUCGUACAUGUACGCCCAGUACACUCCUCGGGCGCCGUCUCCGUUGAGCAUAGCAUCUACCCCUGAGCCCAUUGCCUCCACCACGUUGAUGAACUAUCUUACAAUUGCCAACCCGGCGCCGUCCCUGGUUCGCACCAUCUCCUUCCCGCUGCGGGAUCCCAACACCAAGCACUUCUGGUGGGAUGUGCGCCAAAUCCGCCCGUGGACUGCUUUCACUUCUUCCACCAUCCUCUCUCUUCCCGGCGCUUCAGGACUGCUCAACUGCCCCGUGCCUGCGCCUCUGCUCCCUCAGCCAGCAACCUCGGCUCGUCACCCCGAGACUGAGGCCGCGCUUCACAACAUCUACGCAUCCUACUAUGUUCCCAAGCUCAACUCAGCCCUGGCCGUUUCCUCGCAGCGCCCGCUCCAGCUGUCUGUGCCCUCCAAGCCUACCAACCCCAAUGACCACAUUUUCACCGCAAACGUGGCUGGUGACUCGGCCUCCGCCGCAGCCAUCUUCGGCGGCAAGCCGACGGCGCGCGUGGUCGGGCUCGUGAAGAGCUUUGACCGCUUCAACACGGGCAUGCGCGUCGAGGGCAACAUCAAGAGGGUCGAGUACCUGCGCGGCCUGGCCCACCUGCACCACGUCAUGCGCGAGCACGGCUGCCGGUACGGCUUCAUCCUCACCGAGAUCGAGCUCGUCGUGGUCCGCAACGGCGCCGAAGGCACGCCGCACUUUGGCUACCUCGAGGUUGCCAGCGUCCAGCUCGCGGCCACCGGCGAGGGCGCCGAGGACGACGAGGAGCAGCAGCUCACGGCCUGCCUGGCCCUGUGGGGCCUGUGCACCAUGGCCAGCGACGAGGCUGCCCCAGGCCACUGCCACUGGAAGAGCGAGAUCGGCGCCCCGGCCGAGGGGACCAGGCGCAAGGCCCUGGGCCGAGACGACUGGAUGCCGCAGCCGCAGCUGGCGGAGAAGAGAGAGGCCAAGCGUACGAGAGGCUGGGUGUUCCCUGAGGACCCGGUCGGCAGGAAGGAGCUGGGCAAGCGAGGCGUGAGGUAUGGCAGCUGCUAG